AUGGAGUCAGGGACGUUUGUUCGUGACGAUGACCUUGAUGGUACCUCAAGCAGUAGAGACGGCGCUGAAGAUUUGGAAAAAGCUCUUCUGACACCGAGUCAAGGACCUUUGUUCUGGUGGACGACACUCAACAUUGGCCUCUUCAUUGGUUCUUGUUUUCUGUGGCUUCAGUCGAGGAAAUCACCUGGCGUUCAGGAUCAAUGGAGAUCAACUUCUUUUUACUCCCCGAUACUAGAGCGUUUCGACAUCCCCAAAAUCACUCGUCUCACCAACGGCACACUCUACGACACGAACCCGCCAUCCAUCCUCCGCCAACGUAUCGGCAAAGAGGCCGACGAUGAGUGGCACCGCAUCGGAGACCAUGUAUGGCCCUUGGUCAUCGGGGAAGAAGACGUGAGGCGUUUGGGGAAAGACCCAAAGGUCGCAGUCAAGAUUCCAGAGGCCCUCGGCCACGGAUCCGACGCGUACAUAGCCCAGACCGAGGUGUUCCACCACCUGCACUGCCUGGACAUGCUUCGAAAGGAGGUAUCCUACGAGCAUUACUACGAGUCAAAGGAAGGGCCAAGGCCCGGAGGAGCGCAGCAUCAAGCACACAUCGGCCAUUGCUUCGACAUCUUGGCUCAGGCCAUCAAGUGCACGGGAAGUGUGGACAUGAUCACCUUCAAUUGGGUGGAGAACUGGGAGCAGCCGUUCCCAGACUUUAUGAACAACAAGGUCUGCAGGGACUUUGACGCCUUGUUGGACUGGGUUAAUGACCAUGCGAUGAGUCCAGAAGUUUUUCAGAUGAUGAAGACUCCUCCGCCAGGUUGGCCCGUCAUGCCAGAGCCAGGCCCGGCCAGGUGA